GCAGAGCCGCUGUUUGUCCGCGCCCGGCCUGGCCCAGCAGCGGGGCCCAGCGCGGCCUGGCCUGCGGCGGCGGCUAGAGGGGCCCGGGCGUGGGCGGGGGUUGAGCGGGCCUCGGUGCGGGGAGGCGGCCCUGGCGCGGGGAGGCUGGGCGCUGUAGCCCCCGCGGGGCAGCCUCGUGCCGCCGGCGGGGGCCGAAGAUGCGGCGGUACCUGCCAGUGGCCCGGCAGCACUUCCUGGCGGCGCUGGCCGGCACCAGCGUGGUUGUGAAGUCGUUGAGCGCCGCCGUCGUCCUCCUCUACCUGCUCUCCUUCGGCCUGGACACGGCCUACGGCCUGGGGGUGACCCCCGGCUACCUCCUGCCCCCCAACUUCUGGGUCUGGACACUGCUGACGCACGGGCUGGUGGAGGAGCGGGCCUGGGGCCUGGCGGCCAGCCUGGCCACGCUGGGGGCGGCCGGGCGGCUGCUGGAGCCCCUCUGGGGUGCUCUGGAGCUGCUGGUCUUCUUCGCGGUGGUGAACGUCGCGGUGGGGCUCCUGGGGGCCCUUGCUUACUUCCUCACCUAUGUGGCCUCCUUCCACCUCCCCUACCUGUUCGCUGUCCGCAUCCACGGCGGGCUGGGCUUCCUCGGGGGAGUUUUGGUGGCCCUCAAGCAGACGAUGGGGGACAGCACCGUCCUGAAGGUGCCCCAAGUCAGAAUGAAGGCUGUCCCCAUGCUCCUGCUCCUUCUCCUGGCUCUGCUGCGGCUUGCUGUCCUCAUCGAGAGCAAUGUACUGGCCUCGUAUGGCUUCGGGCUCCUCUCCAGCUGGGUCUAUCUCCGGUUCUACCAGCGGCACAGUAGAGGCCGUGGAGACAUGUCUGACCACUUCGCCUUCGCCACUUUCUUCCCCGAGAUCCUGCAGCCCGUGGUGGGGCUGGUGGCCAACCUGGUGCAUGGCAUCUUGGUGAAGGUGAAGGUCUGCCGCAAGACAGUCAAACGCUACGACGUGGGUGCCCCGUCAUCCAUCACUAUAAGCCUGCCGGGGACAGACCCUCAGGACGCCGAGAGGAGGAGGUACCGCUUGCCCUGCUUCCAUGAGUAUGGGCAACUGGCCCUGAAGGCCCUGAACGAGCGACUGAAGCGUGUGGAGGACCAGUCAGCCUGGCCUAGCAUGGAGGACGAGGAGGAGGAGGAGGCAGCAGUGAAGGCCAACAGCCCGCUGCUGCCCGACCCUGGCACAGCUGGGAAGGGUGCUGGCCAGGAGUCCAACCUCAUCACCUUCCAAGAUGUCCCAUCCCAGCUGUGACCAGCCGAAAUGCCGUCCCCCCUUCCCCGCCCUGUCUCCAUCGAAGAGCUGCUAAGCCCCCUCGUGUCCCCCGAACAGCUGGGACGCUCGGCGGGGAGCAGGGACUCCUCCAGCAGCAGAGGCAGGGGGGCUACCUCAUUCCAAUGCUUCGUUGCUGUUUGUGGCCAGCACUGAGCACCUGGGGGGACUAGACGCUGCUGCCACCACAAGGAUGGAUUCCUCGAGCUGUUCGCCUUGGCACAAGGCUGUGGAUGUCGGUACCAGCAGCGGGGGCUGUUCCAGGAGGGGGACGCGGAGCUGAUCCCUGCCCUGAGGCUACUGCACUUGCCCACACAGGAGCAAAGUCAGCAGCACUUCCUUGCUUCUCCUGUGUGCUGGGGGUUGGUCAGAGCGCUCAACUCUUAUUUUCUCCUUCUGAAGGUAGUUUUGUCCCCACCCAAGGGAACAGGAAGGCUGGUGGGUUUCAUUUCCAAAUUCCUUUCUUGUGGGGAACCUUCCCCCACCCCUGGCAGGAGCUCAUCCUGACUGGUGAGAGGUCUGCUGGGCAGAGGGUGACACUCAGCCCCUAACAGCAGUGGUCCGGUGCCACCAGCUUUGGGCUUUGUGCAUGGGGGGUUCUCUCCUCCUCCCUCUCCCACCCCCGAAGCCAGCCCUGCGAGGAGCCGGUGCCCUUGGCUGCUCCCCAGCUAAUCCAUUUGUCAGAUUACACUAGAAGCUGGAAUUAAUUUUUACGGUGGGGCUCUCGCUGCUUCCUCCGGCAGCAAGGUUUUUUUCUUGCGGGUAGAAUAUGGGCUCCCCCUUCUCUUUCCCUCCCUCUGUGUUGAUGGGCUUCUUUUUUUUUUUUUUUUUUUUUUUCCUGGAUGGAGAGGAUGCUCCUUGCGAUAGCCUCCUCAAAGCUUCUGAUGCCCCAGGCAGUCCCCAGCCCGGGAUGUGGCUUGAUAGUGUUGUGAUUAUUUUUUUAAAGGACCACACAAGAAGGUUUUGUCAACCAGGAAAAACACAGAUGUUUCGGUAUCAAUAAAGAGUUCUUUGAAA